AGCGCCAAACUUGCAGCUGAUUUGCAAGAUCCAACAUGCCCUGAAAUAGUUAUUUAAGAAAUCUCGUCUUUUUCUCAUUCCAGAGAUCAUAAAUAACAAAGGCAGAAAGGUGUGUGCAUGGCAUCAUUGUUGCUGAAAGUGAAACCGGGGAAUGUCAUAAUGCAGCAUAUAAAAUCUUUUCAAAAUUUGCCUUGAAAACACAUUCUGAAGUAAAUUCCGGAUGACUGCUUUGCUUAGAACACUUUGGCUCACAUAAUAUUUACAUUUGUAUGUUUUUUGUCUUCUAAAAAAGAUGUGUGUAAAUUCGUAAAUGUCUAAAAAAAAACCAAAAAACCUUUCUAUUCAGAUAUGUGGCAUCCAGUGACAUCCCUAGUUUCUCACUGCACGGGGUGACUCAUGGCCCAACAAGUGAUAGCAGGUCCAUGCCAAGCUAAAACGCACUACCAUCUGCCUUCACUGAGCACGCUUGGGCUAGCAUCCUACCUGUACUUUUCUUACUCAUUCUGGAGGCCUAAUUAGUGAGUCAUUUGUGUGCAACACUGACCUCAGGUGGACACAGAUAGACAUUAUUUAAUUUCACUAAUUUAUUUAGGACUGAGAAGGAAAUUCAUUAUUAACUAACCGUACCGCAGUUGUAUUGUAAUGAUUAGCGUUAUGCCUGACCAAGCAAUAAGAAGCAAUAUGAAGUAAUAUGGCAAAAAAAGUAAAACCAACCAACCAAUCAAACAAAACCAAACAACUACAGUAUUUAUACCAAGCACUAAUUUCAAUUUCAGGCACAAAGUCUUCAGGAUUCGACUACUUCUAAAUGCAAUUGCACAGGUUUAUUUAAUUGAUUUGUUUGUUUGUUUAAACAUGUUCAACCUGUUACAUGUUAGCUACUAAAAUCUGUAAAAUUAUGCAAAGGAUAGCAUAAAAAAUGCAAGUCCAUUAUCACCAAAACAUGGGAAUACUUUAUCAAUCAAGCUAAACCUCAGUGUGAAUGUCGGUAAUCCAUCUGCCUUGUAAAAAUAACAAUGUAAGGAUACAAACAGCUGACUUUUCCCCGCUGAGGUUCUGUGACACUUCCAAUUCCUUUGAUCCACUUCCAAUAUGGCCGCCUGAGCACUGGGUGCAAUUUCUACAGGAAAUACUUUUAUAUGGCUCUUCAUUUGUAAAGGGCUGCCAUUUUACCGAGCUUACGUUUCAGAAGGGAAAUAACGAUGAAAGAUCAAGUGGUUCAGCUAAUAUCUGGCUGUUAUCACGAGAAUUUGCUUGAGGCAAUGUGGAAAUUAAGAGCCGAGAGAAAUCUGUGUGACCUCAUAGUGCAAGUAGAUUUCCAAGGGGAGCUGGAAGAAUUUGAGGCCCACCAAAUAGUACUCGCUGCAUCCAGUGGCUAUUUCCGGACCCUCCUCUUAACAAAUGAACAAGUGAAGAAAAUAUGUUUGAGUGAAAUUCCACCAAGGGCCUUUACCAAAUUUGUAGAAUAUGUGUAUUCUGGAAAAAUGGAAGUGGAAAAGAGCUAUCUUCACAACAUAUCACAGAUGGCAAAGUUGCUUGAUUGCCAAUACUUAGUAGAAGCUUGUGAUGCUAAGCUUUUGGAGCAUGAUUCAGAAAGUACUAGUAAAGUUGAAACUUGUGUAAAUGUGAAAAGGGGGAAGCAGAAAAAGUCCACAAAGAAAGCAAUAGGUCUGAGAAAAAAGUUAAAACUCCCACUCAAAGCACUGGACACUGAGAGUGAGAAAAAACGGGAGUUCCAGAGCAGGAGAAGCAGCAGCAGGUUGGCAGGUCGCAGAGUCUUUGUGGACUUCAGCAAGAAAAAACAUGACAGCAGAGGACGACCUCAAACUCAAGCUUGUACCAGCUCUUUAUGUCAAGACAGAUUAAAAGCAGCACAAGAAGAUGCAUCACAGGUGUCAGAGAUGUGUGAAACAGAAUCAAUGAAUGCUGGUGAUCAGACUUUACCCGAGGAUGAGGCUCUUACUGACAGCGGGUCUGAGUCGGCUUACGCUUACUGCCAUGAUGCGUCUGAAGAAGAACCUCGGGACCCCGACUUCAUACCAUCAGAAACCAUGGAAGAAGAUGAUGAUGGUGAAAAGCAAAACAAGGCAGGUGGUGCGAAGUUUGACUGUGACAAAUGCUUCCGCUCAUUCCGCUAUGAAAAGAGCUACCUAAAGCACGGGAGAAUUAGCCACGGCAUCCAGACAGACACAACCUACCGCUGCGACACCUGCCAGCAAACCUUUGCCAACCGCUGUAACCUUAAGAUCCACGAGCGGCACGUGCACAGCGACGAACGCCUCUUCCCCUGUGACGUGUGUGGGAAGGCCUUCAAGCGCAAGAAGGAUGUAACUCGACACAGGCGGCAGGUGCACGAGGGUGGUACAGAGCGCCACUACUGCCCUGUCUGUGGGAAAUCCCUGAGCUCCAAAACAGCCCUCACCCUGCACGAGAGGACCCACACAGGGGACAAGCCAUACAGCUGCGACGAGUGUGGAGCCAGGUUCUCCCAGAGCUCUGCGUUGAAGACGCAUCAGAGGAUCCACACUGGUGAGAAGCCUUUUGCUUGUGACAUGUGCGAUGCCAGAUUUACUCAGAACCACAUGCUGUCUUACCACAAGAGAUGCCACACAGGUGAAAAACCCUUUAUGUGUGAGAACUGUGGGAAAAGCUUUGCAUCUAAAGAAUAUCUGAAACACCAUGCUAGAAUCCACUCUGGUUUUAAGCCUUACAAGUGUGAUAACUGUGGAAGAGCAUUUGCGCAAAGGAACUCACUCCAUCAACAUAUGAAAAUACACACAGGUGAAAGGCCCUACCACUGUAAGGACUGUGCUAAGCAGUUCACCCAGCUCAAUGCCCUUCAGAGGCAUCAAAGAAUCCACACAGGAGAGAAGCCGUACAUGUGCAGCAUGUGUGGUCGAACCUUUACAGACAAGUCUACUGUCCGCCGACACACCAUGACACAUGACAAAGACACCCCUUGGAAGAACUAUCUGGUUGUGCUGGAGGGCAAUGUAGAGGGUCGUGUCAAGAAACCCAAAGGCUCUUCUCUGAAAAAGGAGAAGGCAAUGGCAAAUGCAGGUGAACCGCAAACAGGGGAGAAACAGAGCGAGGCAAAGGCUCAGGGGAUAGUGGCAGUGCCAGGAGAGCCAAUGACCAUCUCUGGAGACUGGGCUAGCCCUGGCACCAUAACCCUGGUCAGCCAUGGAGCACUGGGAAGCCUAACAGUUAUCCAGACAGAAGAUACACAACUGCAACCCCUUGUCACUGCUGAUGGUACCAGUGUAAUUGCUCUGGAUAGUUCCACCGUUGGCAUUCCUGUUACUGUCCCUUUCUCCUUUCCUAUUUCUGUUACACAUUCCAUGUCUGGCUCAACACCGUUAUCUGACUCAGUCCCACUCACUAAAUCAGCCACCGUUUCAGACACCAUCUUGGCUCCAGUGUCCACCCCAGCAACAGUCACAGAGGCCAUUUUGGCUCAAACUGAAGUAGACACUUUGUCUACAUCUACUGAAUGUAUAACUCCACAAUCAGUAGUGGAACAAGCACAGCAGGCACCAAAUUCAGAUUCCCCACAGGAAAUAGCUGAGCAUGUGCAGACUACAGAAACAGUUGAGGAAAUGGAAAUCUGUACAGGAGAUUUAAGUGUGGAGUAAGUAAUGCUUUUUUAAAUAGGGGGACAGUUUCAUGUUUUCUACACCAUAUCAGUAAGAUAUUUGUUUUUUCCCUACUUGAAAGUAUAAAUUAUAACUAUGCUUUUAUUAGAAAGAACCGUCAAAGAACCAGUAUAUUCCUUGGAAUUGACUUGAUUUAAACUAACAAGAAAAGGUUUCUCCUUGCUUGUUAAAAUCUUGUUCAGUGGAAGGUUUUGACAGACUGGACAUUUAUUUUGCACAGUAAGAAUGAUAGACAAAAUCUAAAUUAUUUAUUGAACAGUCCAUGAGCAUCAAACUGGUUGGCUUAAAGAUGUCCUUGUGAGUUUGUUGUCGCAAAAGCUGUCUUUUUUUUUUUUUUUUACUCCUUUUUGUUACAUAUGUGUUGGGUUAAUUCAACGUCACACCUCAGUAUCAUGUAUUGUCCUUUUAAAAAGUCACAAAUCCUGAAGUAAAAUUGAUGAGAUUCAGUUGUGACUUUGUCUACCAUUAUUCUAUAUUAAAAUAAAGCUUUAACAAAAAUGUAA